UCAAGAAAAUGGAGCAGAUGCUCUUCCUCUUUCUUUUCUUCCUCGCCCUGGCCAAGGAGGCUGCCCCAUUGGAGGAUAACAAGAUCCCCAGCCUGUGCGCGGGUCAGCCUGGACUGCCCGGGACCCCUGGAACUCAUGGCCACCAAGGAUUGCCUGGCCGGGACGGUCGCGAUGGACGCGAUGGAGCUGCAGGCCUGCCGGGAGAAAAGGGCGAAGUCGGCCAGCCGGGACUGACGGGCCCCCGAGGGGAGCAAGGCAGCCCUGGCUUCAACGGGCUCCCGGGGGAGAAGGGGGCGCAAGGGGAGUGCGCGGUGGCACCCCGCUCGGCCUUCAGCGCCAAGCGCUCCGAGUCCCGCAGUCCGCCGCUGCCUGACCAGCCCAUCGUCUUUGACAUCGUCCUGAUCAACGAGCAGGGCCAUUACGAUGGCAACACGGGCAAGUUCCUCUGCCAGGUCCCCGGGCUCUACUACUUUGCCGUCCAUGCCACUGUCUACCGGAUGAGCCUCCAGUUCGACAUCAUGAAGAAUGGCGAGUCGGUCGCCUCCUUCUUCCAGUUCUACGGCAACUGGCCGAAGCCAACGUCCCUGUCCGGAGGCAGCCUGGUGCGGCUGGAGCCCGAGGACGAAGUCUGGGUGCAGGUGGCGGUGGGCGAGUACACCGGCUUCUACUCCAGCGUGAAAACAGACAGCACCUUCACAGGGUUCCUCGUCUACUCCUACUGGCAAAACUCCCCUGUCUUUGCCUGAGAGGGACUCCUGCCAGGGCCUCCUGAAGCCCCACACUGUGGCCCUGGCUUUCAGCUGCGGCCAUGCCUUCCUGCCUGACCCAAGGGGUGCAAUGCUCCUUUAGCUGACCUUGUGGGGAUUGGGAGGUCCCCUGGUG